UUGAUGCACAUGCUCUAGCCCAGCCCCUCUAGAGCUCAUUAAACCCCACUUGCCUGUUAGCUCCUUUGACGCCCUCUCCCUCUCCCUCUCAAUUCCCUUGAAAUCCAAGGCCUAAACUCUCAAGUGAUCUCGAAUUCAGCAAAAACUUCAAUGGCUUCUUUUAAAGAAGCCGAAAAUAACCCCGAAACCCCAUCCUCGCCUAAGAAGAUAUAUAAAGACCCAGAUGAUGGGAGACAACGGUUUUUGUUGGAAUUGGAGUUUGUUCAAUGUCUUGCUAACCCCACUUACAUCCAUUAUUUGGCUCAGAAUCGCUAUUUUGAAGAUGAAGCAUUUAUUGGCUAUUUGAAGUACCUACUGUACUGGCAACGACCAGAGUAUAUGAAAUUUAUAAUGUAUCCUCAUUGCCUAUAUUUUCUUGAACUUCUCCAAAAUGCAAACUUCCGCAAUGCAAUGGCACAUCCCGGCAACAAGGAAUUAGCACAUAGGCAGCAAUUCUUUUUCUGGAAGAACUACAGAAACAAUCGGUUGAAGCAUAUUUUACCCAGACCCCUCCCUGAACCCGCCGCUGCACCCCCUGCUCCAGCUCCUCCACCUCCACUUCCUGUUCAACCUGUGCCACCUGUGCCUGCGGCAACUCUUGGUAUGCUGGCUGCUUCUGGUGCAGUCCCUUCUCCCAUGCCAUAUGGCAUGCCUACUGGUUCUGCUUUUGGAAAAAGUGAUAUCAGGAGCAGUGGAAGUGAGCGAAGAAAGAGGAAGAAAGAAGUUUAAUUUGAAGUUUGAACUGCUAUCUAUGUUAAAAGUAGUGGGACCAAUAUAUCUGCUAAGGUAGCUAUACAAAAUCAUCCACUGGGUCUAUAAUACUGAAAAGUGUCAAAGAUUCGAUGGGAUUUUCUAUUCAUUUUGCUUCUUUUUGGUUAUUGGCCAAGUAUUUCAUGAAUUAUUGGUGCUACCGUACUGGUAAACGAAAGAUGAUAGAGUAAUCAACAUCAUUGUCCGAGGAUUUGCUGAAACACUAGUACAUUGUAUGAAGUUGACGAAGCCUAUGUGGUCUAAUCAGCUCCAGAAUUCUUAGAUGGGUCGGAAUGAAAAGCAAAAUAGCGUCUUUUUUGUUUCUUUUUUUCUCCCGGUAGUGAGCAUUGUACUGAUGUAUUCUUUGGAUAGAAUCUGUAUUAUAUGAUUUAACUUGCCAGGAAGCAAAAUCUUAAGAGUGUAGUGCCAAACAAUGAAUUCUGUUUGUAAGCAUGUUAGAGACUUUAGUUAUUUGAAUAUCGAUUUGCGUCUUUA